GUUUUUUUUUUUUUUUUUUUUCUUUGUGCAGUAUCAAAGCUUUACAGAAGUUUCUAAUAUUUCAAAACCGAAACUACCUCGGUAACAAACUAUAUAUAAGUAGACAAUGGUUACAUUCUUCGUAAUGGACGGUAGCUUGCGCCGCCUAGCAUAGAGGAACGAAAACGACAACAAAGAAGGAGAGCGAAAUACGAAGGAAAGAGCCUCCACUCUUCGCCCCAUCCCUUCCCGACAACCUGUUGAAGACAACUGACAUCCCUGACUUUUGGAAGUUCUGUCCGGCGCCCACAAAACAAAAAUCGCACGCUGAUCACCACGCUCAGUAAAUGAAGCGUUCCGGAUGGACCAAGAUACCACCGUCGACGAGAGGUCACCCGUGAUCGCCACCGACGGUACGUCGCCUGUGCCGCCGCCGAUCGCCCGAGUCUUUGGAGUUAUGCGUGGAAUGUAAACAAGGCUGCGCCGCCUCCUCUCCGCACUCGGGGAAGUCGCCUACGAGACAACGCGCUCUCACUAUCGCGAAUCAACCUCAUCAAAUUUCGGAGAUGUGAGUCGAUCGUUUAGAUAAGGAAAGAACCACGACUCGGAAAGUGAUCGGCGGGCCGUUUCAACGCGGACCGAAGCACUCGCUGGGCCGGGAGGCUGCGAUGGGUCGGCCAUGCGGCGCUGACUUCUAGGAUGCGACCUGGCGUUGCGUUGCCGUCCACCGCGGAGCCCUGGCUCCCCGUCCCCAAGUCCCCGAGGACGGACGCGGCGCGUCGCCGCAAGACGUCAUCGGCUCGGAAGACGCGGUCGCUGCCUCUGCCGGGACCACGGCAUCGUCCCCGAAUGCGACCACGCAGGAGCUGCUCCCGCUGUGCGACGUGCUCUUCAACAUCAUCUCCUUGGCGUCCUACUUCUGCGACGUCGUCUUCGACGUCAUGGUGGCCUACACCCUGCUGGCGGUGCGGCGGCAGCCCCUGUGGUUCGGGAUCUCACUCAGCUGCAUUCUGGGCUCCCUGGCCACCAGCCAAGUCCUCUCGCUGCGCUGGUACCUGGACGCGGUCAAGGCGGCGAGCUCGGGCCGCAGGCGUCGCUGGGGCGUGCUUGCGCUGCACGCGUUGCAAGCGGGCGUCUUGUGGCGGUACUUCAAGCUCUUGUUGCCCGUUCGGCUGAGCGCCGUGAAGAGAGAAGUGGCCGACCUGUGCCUCCUGCGACUCGUGCACGCCUUCGGCCAAGCCACGCCGAUGCUGCUCCUGCAACUCCACCUGGCCUGGGCGCAGCCGUCGGCGGAUCUCGUGGCGCCCCUGGACCGGGUGUCGCUGCUUCUGUCCCUCUUUAGCGUGUGCUGGGCGCUCGCUUCCUUCAGCAAGAACGUUCGGCGUCGCCAGCUCCACCGGCUCGUGCUCACCUGGCUCGGCGUCGUUUGUCAGCUCGCCUGGCGUCUGGGCACCGUGUCCGCGCGGGUGGUGGCGCUCACUUUGUACGCGGCGCUCUACGGACCCUGGGUCUUGGCCGUGCUGGUGCUGCACUGGCUAGCCAUGCUUGUAUGGCUGGCGUCGCCUCCCCGUCGGCUCUUCGGCGGGGAGGUCCUCUGGCGUCGGCUCGCCUACUGCGCCCUGCUCGCCUACUUGCACACCCUAUGCUACGUAAACCUACGACCGGAGCCGGGACGGGCCCGGCGCGCCGCCUUUUACGUGGCGAUGUUGCUGGAGAACAGCCUUCUAGCAGCGGUCUGGCUCGCGCUGCAUCCCGGACCUCACUGGGGUCAGAGUGCCGCUCUCCUGACCGUCUGGGGCGGCUUUUUCUUGGGACUAGGCUUCAUGUUGCUUUACUACCGCUGCUGCCACGUGCGCCGUCUGGCCCCCGUGCCCCGCGCGGCUCCACCGGUGUCUCCGGCGGGCGUCUUCAACUGCCGCCUGAACCCCGCUGCGCUCAAGCGCAAGCGCAAGAAGCCAUCGUCGUUCGUGCCCCCUGCCCAGCCCUUUUGGAAGAGAGGCCCCGGAGCACCGCCCGCUGUCGACAUCCAGCAGAAGCUCCAGGAAAAGCGACGCCAGCAGCUUCAAGACCUGCUCGCCAUCGAGGAGGAGAUGAAGCAGGGGAAACUGGCUCCAAGGGGCCCUCCGCAGGGGCCGGCACCCCGGCAGCCCAUCCCGCGCUCCAAGAAGCAGCCCUGGCUGCGCAGUCCACCCCAGUUCCGCUACCGGUCGCUCCUCGGCGGUUCACCAGAGGUCCUGCUGUGCCCUCACCGCCUGGACCAGGCCCGUGGAGGGGGACCCCUCAGGGCUGCGCCCCCCUUGGCAAGGACCCUCCCGCGAGAGUUACGUUGGGCACAGAGGGCCCUUGCAUUCAGGGAGAGCAACUCGAGCGACGGGGACGUGGACUCUGCGGACGAGGAUGCUUCGGCAAGGCUGCGCAGCUGCCGCACCUUUUUGGGGAGACCGCACGGACCGGAGACCAGGCUUUGAUUCUUCACCAAGGCUCCGAAGACGAAGGUUCGGCCAGCACCUAGAGGCCUUCCACGGUCCAGGUCGUAACCGGUACACUUGGCCAACUACGGUUCGUCAAAAUACUCAUUAUUAUUUAACUGGAUCGUCGACCUCUUUGCAAUUGGCUAAGUGGGACCCUGCUACUACCAGAUUUGCCGACCAGAGCCUCCUCUAAGUUACACCGUGUCCGUGAGCUUACAGUGAGAGAAACUGAUCAAAAUGGCUUCUGCGAGGCAACACUGGCCGAAAGAAAAACGCCGCUAUGUGGUGAAAGUAACCCUCCACCACGGUGCUGGAAACAUGUCUUCAGCCGGUGUGCUUACUGCACCCUCGUAAUUGGUCUCUCGAUUUCCCUCCGACGACAAGGUUCGUGUCAUGCUGUCAUUGGCCGCUGUCCAGCCAAUGUCGCACCAGCAGAGAUGGAUGUGGGAGACGGCUCUUCCGCUGCGAGUCACCGCAGCUGGCCAGCCGGCGGGAACUAGAGUAGCCACGGUUCGGGAUGCCGCUGCAACAGUGACACUUGCAUCUUUGUCGGCACUUCAACUGUGUGUCCGGGAAAAAAAGAUUUGCCAGUGGUUUUUUUCUCCACAAAUAUGAGCUGUGCGUCGCCAAACACCCAGUCUUGAGACCAGAUGCCAAAUUUUAGAACUCUUCGUCGUAUUGUUUAUAGCAAAAGCUAUAAGACAUUUUGUGAAAUUUUCAAUGUAAAAACCCUGUAGCCGACUCUAUUCAUCGCUUUGCAUUUGUCGGGAACUGUUCUUUCGUUUAAAAAUUUUCCAAAAUCGCCGAUAACUCCUGAAUUGGAUAGUGCGAGCUCUGAAACUUUGGCAUUGGUCUAGGUCACUAUACUGCGUCUUGCCCUACGAGGUACUAGGGUCCGAAGGCUGGCGGCAUAGUACUACCUCAGAAAAGCUUUCAUCUGCAUUGCAAAGAGCGCGCGAAAAAUUCCCAAUACGCAGAGUACGAAGAGCACUAAUCUUAUGCAUAUGGUUCUCUGUUGUGAUAGCGUGCUAUUUUAUAUUGGUGAAGUAAAGCUACAUGGUAUUUAUUUUCAUUAACAUGCAUGGCCAUAUUUCGUAAACACAUCAACUGUUUGGAAAGGUUUGAGGGUACGCAGGCAACACGGACAUAAAGUCCUUUCACCUUAA